AUGCAAGCAGCAUCAAGCACUCCAUCAGGUCUUCUUCCACCAAAGACACUAUGGACAAAGGAAGAAGAUCAAUUACUCACUACAGUUGUGAAUCAAUUUGGUGCAAAGAAAUGGAAUCAGCUUGCUCAGUUCAUUCCUGGUAGAACUGGAAAGCAAUGCAGAGAAAGAUGGAUGGCUCAUAUAUCCCCAAAUGUUAGAAAUGAUGAUUUCAGUGUAGAAGAAAUUAAACUAUUGCUAGAACUUCAUCAGAAGUAUGGAAAUACAUGGUCACAGAUAUCCCAGUAUUUUGAUAGAAGACCACCCAAUGUUAUUAAGAACAAAUUUAAUUGUUUACUUAGAAAAUCGAAUACUCUUCAAAAGAGUAAGCCAACUGUUAAGCAAAUUAAGCCAAAGACUGUCAGAAAAUGUUAUAUGAUUCCAAUUCAAUUUGAAAGAAUCCCAAUUGAAACAGUUCCAGAAUAUAUCAUUGAAGAAGAGCCAGUCUUUGACUAUUUUGAGGAAUUCUCCUCACAAGCGUUUUAA